AGACCGAAUAUCAGUAUGUAUAGACGCGAAUCAUGAAGCUGCACAACGCUCAAACUCUCAUGAUCUUGAAAUCUGUAUCUAUGACUGACAAUUCCAUUCAUUCUCUUGCGUAUUGUACCUUUUGUAUUUCUUUCUUAUGAUUUUGUUAAGAUUGUCUGCUAAAUGUGAAUUUACAACAUCGGAUCGGUUUACAUUGUUGAUAGCUUUGUUUGCACGUUUAUGACGCGAAGGUGGUUCGUGAUGAGCUACGUCCGCAAAUGUAUAAUUUGGAAGGGGCCUCGUAUCACCAUCUGAAACGAAGGUUGACGCGAGGUCUGAAUAAAACACCUGUCCGUGUUCAAACUCGGCGGCUCUGUCACAGAAAGUCUACUCAACGCAUCAAACUGCAAUGGUAAACAAUUUUUUAAUUGUUCAUCAUCUGCAUUGACAAUUUUCUUCUGCGGUGACCUGUUUCAAGAACACGAUCUUGAAGCGUGUAAGUGGAGUAUUAUCUCCAUGUUUUCUGUGAUAGAAGCUUUCUUUCAGGUACGAACUGAGUUCCAUUUGCGUAAAUUUGGGUCCAUGAGUGGAGCAAUGAAUAUUCGAGCUGUUCAUGUUGAGUUUCCUAUAGGAAAUGCCUUGGCAAACCUCAGUUCCAAUGAAACCAUCAUAUUCUCACCUCAAGGUGAAUUAUCCAUGUGUAAACAAAGGCUUCCAAGUACCAAAUUCAUUGACGGUUGAAGUGUG